AUGAAAUACAUUCAAACCGAUCAAAUCUUAGAUAUCCCAGAAGGUGUUACCGUAGACAUUAAAGCCAGAGUUGUCAAAGUCACUGGACCAAGAGGUGAAUUAACCAAAGAUUUAAAACAUAUUGAUGUCACUUUUUCCAAAAUUUCAAACAGAGCCAUUAAAAUAACUGUUCAUAAUGGUGAUAGAAAACAUGUUGCAGCAUUAAGAACUGUCAAAUCAUUAAUUGCCAAUUUAAUCACAGGUGUUACUAAAGGUUAUAAAUAUAAAAUGAGAUUUGUAUAUGCGCAUUUCCCAAUUAAUGUAAAUAUUGUUGAUAGUGAUGGUGGUAAAUCAGUUGAAAUCAGAAAUUUCCUUGGUGAAAAAAGAGUUAGAAAUAUCAAAAUUCAAGAAGGUGUUACAAUGGAAUUAUCAACCACUCAAAAGGAUGAAUUAGUUGUUACAGGAAAUUCAUUAGAAGCUGUUUCACAAAAUUGUGCUGAUAUUCAACAAAUUUGUCGUGUUAGAAAUAAAGAUAUCCGUAAAUUCUUAGAUGGUAUUUAUGUAUCAGAAAAAGGAACUAUUGUUGAAGAUCUUUAG